AAAGGUUAAGUAGCGUAAGCAAUGACGUGUUUAAAAAAGAAGGAACAAGACUUUAAGUCAACAAGCCUGAAUAUAUGAAUCAAAGAAGGAGAGGAGAAGAAAUCUUGAAUCUUCCCAGGUAGCAUCUUCUACCUCCACAUUAUCUCAUAAUGGAAGUGGAUAGCAAGUCUAAGCAAGCCUAUGGAGGUGACAUGGAAGAUAGAAGUUUUGAGUGAUGUUCCUAGUAACCGUUUGGGUGUCAAUGGACAAGUAGCGAAGGUGACAUGGAGGAUUGAGAAUUUCUCUAGUAUGAAAGACGGAAAGUACUGCUCUGAAAUUUUCACGGUUGAUGGCAACAACUGGCAACUUUGGAUCUACCCAAAGGGCGACACAGUGGGUUUUUUGUCAAUUUAUUUACAUUUUGCAGGUUCAGCCAAUUUGGCUUCCAAAUGGACUAGACAUGCCCAUUUCAGAAUUGCAGUCAUCGACCGAUUGGAUCGUAAAAAUUCCAAAACACGAGGCAUUGCGUUAAAGUUCGAGGCAAAAAAGACUACAUGGGGCUUCCGUUCAUUGUUAUCUCUUACUGAAUUACGCAAACCUGAACGAGGCUAUCUCCUCAAUGAUGUAUGCUUGAUUGAAGCUUACGUUGUCACUUAUAAGACUGAUGCUACUGUACCUAAGGAGGAAGAUAUCAACACAUUCUUCACUAGCUUAGAGUCAAAGUUUUUGAGCUCCAACACUAAUAUUUCUCCAAAAGAAGUAAAGGAAGCACUGGCUAACGUAGAAAAGGCCUUGAAUAUGACCCCGGUUAUUUUUUCCAAUUCAGGGAAGCUUUCUUCCCUUACGCAUGCAUUCAAGAUACUAGCUAGUUUUGGUGGUUCCUCUACCACCCUUACAGUUGAGCAAAAACAAAAGUUGUUGGCCAUAGAGAAGAGCCUGAAAAAACUAGCUGACCGAGCAGCGAAAGUAUCGCAGGACAAGAAUUCCCUUACUGGGAAGGAAUCUGAUAACUUGAUGGUUAAGAAUAAAUUGGAUCGUAAUCGAAUCAAAUAUAAGGAGUUCGAAUCAGAGGUAGAGAAAAAACUUGCUGCCCUCCGGGUACAAGUUAAAGAAGCAGAAAAGAAAAGGGAUAACAUGUUGGCUGAAGUAAAGGAAAUGGAAAAGAAGAUGGCUAAGUACGAGGCCGAAGCCAAGAAUGUUGAGGAGGAGGAGAAGAGUGUUGAGGCUGAAUGGGGAAGAAUCAAAGCUUCCAUCUCUUCCAUUAAAGGAAAGAUUUAAAAACAGUAUGUUAAGGAAUAGAAACUGUUAUAGCAGUUAGCAGUUAGAGGUUGGUAGUUAAGGUUGUUAUAAUUAGUUAUCAGUUGACAGAUUGUGUUUAAAUACCAUGCCUUGGUAUUCAGUUUUUAUACAAUAAAAUUGAGCUUUUUCUAAUUA